AUCAGGUUCGAUCUUGUAAGAGGUGGGGGCGGGGCUCUUCAGUCUGGAGAAGCGUAGUUCACAACAAGUCGAAAGAUAGUAAGAGCUAUGUCUCCAGGGGAUGAUCUCCAUAGUCCCUCCCUUGGUUUCAGCUCCAUUGUGGAGGAUGUCCCUCUGAGCUGUGGGGAUCUGGCUAGCUCUCAUGAGCUGGGGAGAAGGAGCAGAGAUCGCAGUAGUCUCCACACAAGAAUCCCAGAGGCUGCCAUCAAUUGUCAUGGAGAGGUUGCCCAUGGAAAAAGCUCUUUCCUGAAAAUACUGAUGGAUGCAGAGGCAGCUGCCAACUCUGCUGCCAUACAACUAGUGUCUUUUAAAGAUGCCAUGGAAGAUGAUUUUUCUGAUUCAAGACAGUCUGCCACAGAUAAGCGCAGAAUGACGAGGCAAAGAGGACUUUUGCUGGAUAAGUUGGAGGAUUUUAGACGAAUAAAUAAGUCUGUUCGACAAAAACUGAAACAGCUCCAAGAUGCAGAGGUUAAUCGAAUUGAUGCCGACCACCAAACGGACAUCUUACUGAAGAAGAUCUCACAGGCUGAGAGUGAAAAUGAGAAAUUAAAAAGAGACUUGAUUGAGACAGAAAGAAAAGUGGACGAGCUGAUGGAUCUGCGGAGAGAAGAGCAGGAGAACAUCAAGAGUGCCCUUCACAUGACCAAGUCUGUGGAGGCGACUCGUGCUCACCUGCAGGGGCAGCUGCGCAGCAAGGAAGCCGAAAACAACCGUCUGACUGUGCAGCUACGGGCUGUGGAGAGAACCCUGACCGAGCAAAAGAUGGAGAUUGAUGACCUGAGAGGAUCCAUUACCUCUUCGGCCGAGAAGGCAGCACAGGACAAAGAAUCUCUGAAGAAAGCCACUCGAGCUCAGAAACGGAGAGCGGAGAGAUUUGAAGCCGCUAUUGACAAAUGCUACACGCAAUUGAGGGAAAAGGAUGCUCAGCUGGUCAACGCCCGUUUAGAACGAGACUCAAGGAGACAACAGAAAGAGCGGGAGAUCGAAGAGAAAGACAAACUUGUAGUUCGCAUAGAGCUGUUGAAAAGUCAAAUUGCGGACAUGACGGCGAGGCUGCAGAUGGAGAAGGAUGAGCUCAAUGCAGCUAAUGAAAUUGUGAUGCAACGUGUUGAAAAACUCAUCGCUGAAAAUGGAGACCUCCACGUCAAUAAUGCAACACUCAAGGAUUCUGUUGCUCAUCUGGAGCAGCAACUGGUUGAUUGUGAUUCCGCCCUGAUAGAAGUAAAGGUUGUGUCGGAGGAGAGGAAACAUCAAGUGGAACAGGCACAACAUCAGGUUGCAGAGCUUCAAGCUAAGUUAGAUGAUCUGAGGAUGAAAUAUGCAAAUCUCUUAAGAGAGACAGAGAAGACACAAGAUGGAAAAGAUGCAGAAGUUGAGAAGGUGAGGCAGGAGCUGCAGGGGCGCGUGGACGAGCUGAAGUCUUACCCCGAGUUACUGAGUGCAGCUGAGCAGAAUCUCUUCGAGUGCCAGGACAACCUGCGACGCUCGGAGAGGAAGUGCUCAGAAAUGUCAGAGUCCGUUAGGCGACUGCAGGUUAAGAUGGAGAGUCAGACAAAACUGCUGAGUUCAUCUGUGGAGAUGCGAGAGUCCAUUCAUGACGCCAAUUUACAACUGAAUGAGAAAGUGGCCUCUCUCCAAAAGGAGAUGGACACGCUGCAGCAGGAGAACAUGGAGCUGGUACGGAGGCUUGCGGGUCAGGAGGAAGGUCUGAGCUACAGUAACCGUCAGCUGGAUCAACGCUCGUCAGAGUGCCAGGCCCUCAGCAGGCAGCUGGAGGCCGCUCUAUCAGACGUCAAACAGCAGGUCAAAAAGGUAAAAGACCAGGCUUCUUCCAGAGGAGAGGCCCUUCAGACCAAAGUCCUGGAGCUGGAAGCCGAGAAGAGCAGGCGGGAUAACGAGCUGCGACUUCUUUGCCGGAGCAAGCUCACCGCAGAGAAACAGUUUGAGGUGCGUCUGAAGGACCUGCAGCUCAGCCUCGACCAAUCAGAGAGCCACAAGCAAAGCAUCCAGAACUACGUAGAUUUCCUCAAAAACUCUUAUAAGACCAUGUUUGAUGAGGGACUGCAGACAUCAAGUUAUGGAUCAUCGUAUUUUCUAAAAUGAUUUAAGGAUUUAUCUGUUUGCAUUUUAACAUUUGUAUUCAUUUAUUUACUGUAUUUUGUUUAUAUAAUAUUUAUAAGGUAUAUUUAAAAAUGAGAAUGGAGGUAAGAAUAUGGAUAUCUACUUCUUAAUUAAGCUGAAAUUCUGGGACCCUUCCCCCCAGAUAUCAGGAGAUUUUGAUAUUGUUUUUUAAUAAUGUCCCAAAAGACAUUUUAUGAUAUUCUCAGGUGUGUGCAAUUGUUGGACUGUGAACUCUUGGUGCUACUGGGUCUCAAGGAGCCAGUUGCAUAAAUUCAGCUUCAGACUCAUCAAACAUUAGACUUAUUUUAGAUUGUGGAGGAAGGCCGGGCACCAGCAGCACAAAUGUAAAGAUUUUAUUUCACUAUAAAUUGAAUACCUUUGGGCUUUUUGACUGUUGGUGGUAUGAAACAAGCAAUGUUAAAAUGUCACAUUGGGCCCUGAUUUACUGUAACGGGCAUUUCUUCACUCUUUUUCUGAUUUUCUAAAAUGAAUAAAGAAACAAAAUGUGUUUCCCAGCUGGAAAAAAAAAUAUCUGCCACUAAGUGGAACUGUUUUUUUUAGUUUAUUUUCUCUGUCAAGUGUCUUAAUGUUACCCACAAUACACUAUGCCUCAGUCUUACCUUAGUCAAUACUAAAUGGGUUCUUUCAGCUCAAUGUCUAUUGCAAGUGUACGACUAAGUCUAUCUUUCUGCAACUGGCUCCAGAUCAAACUUUUUUUUGCCAUAUUUUAAAGCGGUACUUUCACCCCAUUAUUGAAGACAUGUAUACUACCCAAAGUAGUGAUUGAAAACUUAACUGCCAAGUUUACCUGUGGUAAACCAACUUUACUCCCUUUAAAACCAUCAUAAUAUUGUUCCUGUCCCAGCUGGACUGAGAUGAAUAACAGAGCAAAUCAUUUGUAAAGCUGCCAGUUGUGAAGCUCAUGCCUUUGGGGCUGCAAUCAUAAUUACUGAGAUACACGAAACAACCAGCCAGUUUCCAAACAGCUUUCAACUCUGUUGCUGUUUUGUUCUGAUGCAUUUUUGAGCCUGAUGUUUGUGUUGCACUGUACCUCCUCCUCCUCUUCUUCUCUUGUUGCUUGGGGUCCCAUCCUGUAUCUAUGAUAAUAAACUA